UCAAAUAUUUGUCAUCUGCCGGAUCACUUCGGAUGAAACAAAUUUCACCUCCAGUGGCUGAAAUCAGCAAAAUUAAGCAGCAAUCCGGAGUACAAAUCCCUCCAAUAGGCGCCCCUAGCUCCGCUUUUUUUCUUGCUCUUCUUUUGUUUUUCUCGUCGCCCUCGAAAAUGCUGCUCUCGUCCUUCGUAAUGCUCUCCCGCCCCCACCACAGCUUCGCCCGGCUUUCGUCUAAAUAACCUGCACUCCGUAGUAGCCGCCUGUUGGGUUUUCAAUUACAUGCAUUCCACGGCUCGCUUGUGUAUGGUCUGGAGAAUUUACAUUGGCCUACUACAGCAAACGCGUUGCAUGUUCUUUCUUAGUGACAUUAAUUCUAAUUAUCCGCACACUCGAUACUUUGAGAAGAG